UUAAAUGAUUUAUCGUUGAUUUUAUCACGUGCUUAUAAUUCUUGCCAGUGAAUAAUUCUUAUCAAGGUUAACUAUGUAUACAAUACAAGCUUAAUAUCAUAUACUAGCGAUGUUUCGAGUGGAAUAAUAUGGCGUGUCACGCCGUGGUAGUUGCAAUCUGUGCUUCGUGUGAGUUGGACGUGGUUUAAUAUUUUUAUGUGUCAUUUGCACAAUACGAUAAACCAAAUAAGUAAAUUAAGUAAUUAAAGUAACACAAUUUUAUAAGUAACUAUUUGGUUACAUUAUUAUAAUUUGACGUGAACUAUACAUAUAAAUUACAUUGGUUUUUUAAUGUAAUAAUGAAUUCAAAUUCAAACAAGCCUUUGUGUGUGCCAACUGUACUGGGACAAAUACCACUAUCUAAGCUCGGUAAAACAUUAACACACGAGCAUAUAUAUUGCAAUUUUAAUUCAUAUUUUAAGGAGCCUCCAUUUAAGCCUCUAUAUCAUCGCAAUCACGACCAAAAGAAGAUAUUUAUGAAUAAUCUCUCACAUCUUACGGCGUUUCCGUAUAGCUCGAAAUAUAAUUUAACACUUAAUGACAUCGACACGAAGUUAAACUCCUUGAAUGAAUUAAAUCUAUUCAAUCAGCAUGGCGGUAAAACCAUUGUGGAGAACAGUAGUCACGGCUUAUAUUGCGAUACUUCAUCAUUAAAAAUAAUUAGCAAAGAAACUGGAGUCAACAUAAUUGUUGGAACAGGACUUUAUUCUGCCCAUGCGGUAAAGAAUAAUUGCAUAAAAGUAGAACAUAUGUGUCAUAUAAUGGACCAUGAGUUAGACUACGGUUGCUGGGAUGAUUCAACAGUGCAAGCAGGAUUUAUUGGAGAAAUUGGAGUAGGAGUUGAAUGGCCAUUAAAUGAUUUUGAAAAAAAUUCCAUUAUUGCGGCUGCCACAAUUCAACAAAUAUACAAAUGUUCCGUAAGUUUAAGUUCUGGAUGGUAUAGUGAUUCACCAAAAGAAAUAAUGCGAAUCUUUCAAGAGGCCGGCGGUGACGCCAACAAGGUCGCCAUGUGUUAUGUCGAUCGCACCCUGACCGUGAAAGAAGAUCUUCUGAUUUUCGCUGACGACCACAAGAAUUGUUACUUGCAGUUUUCUUUAUUUGGUACUGAGUGUUUUAUGUGUCAACAAGAACCAAAUGUCGACGUGCUGUCUGAUGCACAGCGUAUAAAGCGUAUCAAAAAACUGAAGGAAAAUAAAUACCUAGAUAGAGUUCUUAUAAGUCAUAAUAUUCACACUAAAAAUAAAUUGCGUUACUUUGGUGGCCAUGGAUACUCUUAUAUUUUAACUAACACUAAGGAUCAUAUGCUUAAAAACGGUUUGACUACGACAGAUUUUGACACAAUACUAGAAGAAAAUCCCAAAUCAUGGCUUACAUAGAAAAGAGUAAUAUAGACAAAUUGCAUACUUGAAUAUUUCACUUGAACUAUUUGAACUGUGUUUGGAGAUCACUCAUGCAGCACAGAAUAUUCCAAAUACAUUACUGAAAUAUUGCUGCAGAUUGGAAAUGCAAUGUAAUAAAGAUAUUACAGAAAUAUAAAACUGAAUAAAAACUACUGAAAACUGCAA